AUGCCUCCUACAGGUCUUUCAGGUCUCGCAAUCCUCCUGGGCGCCGGCCCCACUACGGGCGCGGGCAUUGCCCGGGUCCUCGCCCGCCCGUCCCAAGGGAACCUCGCUGUCGCCCUCCUCUCGCGCAGCGGCGACGUCCAGCUCGCCGAGCGGUUAUCGCGCGAAUCCGACGGCGGAGUGCUCAAGGCGUUCAAAACCGACACUUCAGAACAAAGCUUGAACAGUGCAUUUGACGAGAUCAAGCAAUGGUCCGAAUCGCUCGGCCAGGACGUGAAAUUGAAAUUGGCCAUCUGGAGCAUCAAGCACUCCCAUAAGACGCCCUUCGAGGACGAGUCCGCCCAGCGCUUCGGAGACAGUCUGCAGAUCUACGUCACUGGGGCCAUGGCGUUCAGCCAGCUUUGCCUCAAAUGGAUGCUGGCCCAGUACCCGGCGGAUGUGGAGAGGAGCUCAGAAGGCGGCCAGGAGGAAAUGAUCAAGAAAGGCACGCUGAUCUUCACGGGCACCUUGGGCGCUUUGAGGACUAAUCCGGGCUACGCCGCUUACGGGGCUGGAAGAGCCGGCGUGAGGAUGCUGGCCCAGAGUCUGGCGCGAGAGUAUUCUGCCAAGGGUGUUCACGUUGUCCACGCCAUUGCAAACGGCGGCAUUAUGGACAUUGAUUCGUCCGCGGUCGAUGGUGCGGCUGCAGAUGCGAAAGAGAAAGCGGCCAAGGUCAUGCUUGGAGAAAGGAUCCGUGCGGAAAGUGUGGGCAGGCUGUACCUGGACUGUAUGCGGCAGAGCUGCGAUCUGUGGGUUCACGAGUUAGACAUGAGGCCCGCAAGGGAGAAGUUUUGA